GUGUUUCCAGACGGAGGUUAUAAUCAAACGGACCCUAAACAUGGCGGCUUCUGUGUGUCAAUGGUAUAAAUUGUGUAAACUUUCCUCAGCUGCAACAACAGUGUGUUAAUGAAGAUUUUACUUUGAAAACAUGGGUUUAGUUAGGCAUGUCGUGUGCGCCAUGUCAGGCGGCGUCGACAGCUCGGUCACUGCUUUGUUACUGAAAAGAAGAGGCUUCAGUGUGACAGGGGUUUAUAUGAAGAACUGGGACCCUGUGGAUGAGAGUGGAGUGUGUACCACAGAGAAGGACUGUGAGGACGCCUACAGAGUGUGUCACACUCUGGACAUCCCCUUCCACCAGGUGUCCUAUGUCAAAGAGUACUGGCAUGAAGUUUUCAGUUAUCUGUUGAAAGAGUAUGAGAAGGGCAGGACACCAAACCCAGACAUAAUUUGCAACAAGCACAUCAAAUUCAACCAUUUCCACAAGUAUGCAAUCAACACUCUGGGUGCGGAUGCCAUGGCAACAGGCCACUAUGCCAGAACGUCACAGGAAGAUGAAGAUGUCUUCCAGCAGACGCACAUAGCUCCGUCCACCACGCUCUUCAGAGAUCGAUUUGAGAUCAGAAAUCCGGCGAGGUUGUACAAAGGAGCAGAUCUCCUCAAAGACCAAACCUUCUUCCUCAGUCAGAUCUCCCAGGAUGCCUUGCGACAAACCAUGUUCCCGCUCGCUGGACUCACCAAAGAGUUUGUCAAAAAGAUUGCUGCUGAAGCAGGGUUUCACCACGUUCUGAAGAAGAAAGAGAGCAUGGGCAUUUGCUUCAUCGGGGAGAGAAACUUUGAAAACUUUAUUUUGGAGUAUCUAGAGCCGAAACCAGGAAACUUUGUCUCCAUUGAAGAUGGGAAAGUAUUGGGAACACACAAAGGCUGGUUCACUCUGACUCUGGGCCAGAGGGCGAGGAUAGGGGGUCAGAGAGACGCUAUGUUUGUGGUGGAUAAAGACAUUACAACAGGAGAGGUGUUUGUGGCUCCGACGACAAAUCACCCAGCUCUUUUCCGUGACACUGUACGGACAGACCGCUUCCACUGGCUCACAGUGGACCCGCCCCCUGAACUUGUCAAGACCAAGAUGAUGGAUUGUCACUUCCGCUUCAUCCACCAGAUGCCGCUCAUUCCCUGCACGGUGACUCUAAACAUGAACGGCUCUGUCUGGAUCUCACUCUCCCAGCCAAUCAGAGCUCUGACUACUGGACAGUUUGCUGUGCUCUACAAAGGGGACGAGUGUCUGGGCAGUGGGAAGAUCACCCAGCUGGGGCCCAGUGAAUACACACUCCAGCAGGGCCGAGAAAGGUUAAUGGCAGCGGCGCGGCAAAGGGAGGAGCUGACGCCACAACCGCCCAGCUGAGAAGACCUCAUAGGUCCAGAUGUUGUCUGUGCGACACAUUAGGUAGAGCAACACUGUUCAUGAAAACAGGCCUUAAAUGUCCCCCUGGUGGCCAAACCUAGGUGGCUGUGAACAGUUGACUGGGUUGUUUAAUACUCAUAUUUGACAUCUCAGCAGUGUUGAAGACAAAGGAACCAAAUAGUUGCUUUCUGUGUCUGCUCACUGCUCAGAUAUAUCUUCCACAUUCAAGGUUUUUAUUAAACUUGGGCUAAAAUAAGAUGUGUUUUACAAAAAGAGCUGAAUCACGCUCAACCUUUUGCAGAAUUUUUCAUAUUUUAUUCUUGUUGUUGAUUAAAAACCGUCCACAAACUCAAGCUGCUAUUUGGAGCUUUUUUAGCUCUUCGUGAUUCUGGUGGGAUUAGAUGUCAGCCAGCCAAGCGACGUGUGGAUUUACAGAUGUUGUACAUGACGAUGACACAGUCUGGUGGAAUCAGACUAAUCUGUAAAUUAAAACAACUGUAAUAUUCUUCAGA